AUGCGCAGCAAAUAUUUAUUUAAUAAGCUAUUAGAUCCUCGAACGGAAAAUUGGUGGAUGAUGUCAGGCCCUGGGCCGUUGAUUACGUUACUGGCUUCAUACCUAUACUUCUGCACAUCCAUGGGUCCCCGGUACAUGCGAGAUCGGAAACCUUACUGCUUGAAGAACACCAUCGUACUGUAUAAUGUAUCACAGAUUCUGAUAAGCAUUUAUUUAGUAUAUGAAGGCCUUGUAGCUGGUUGGUGGAAUGAUUAUAACUUUUCCUGUCAGCCUGUGGACUACUCGGAUAGCCCAAAAGCUAACAGGAUGGCAGCAACAGUAUGGUGGUACUUCUUUGCGAAAAUUGUAGAGCUCUUGGACACGGUGUUCUUUGUUCUGAGGAAAAAGAACAGACAAAUAUCGUUCCUCCAUCUCUACCAUCACACCAUGAUGCCUAUCUGUGCUUGGAUUGGUGUGAAAUUCUUGCCAGGUGGCCAUGGGACUCUACUCGGAGUGAUCAACUCAUUCAUUCACAUCAUCAUGUACACCUAUUACCUGAUCUCUGGACUUGGCCCGCAAUACCAGAAGUUACUUUGGUGGAAGAGUCACGUUACAACGCUUCAAUUGAUCCAAUUCUGCAUCAUAUUCUACCAUAACUUUACUGUUAUGUUUUGUGACUGCAACUACCCAAAGUUUAUCAACUUCCUACUAUCCCUCAACUCUGGAGCAUUCUUAUAUAUGUUCGGUAACUUUUAUUACAAAAAUUACAUUGUUGAUAAGAGGCAACCAGCUGUAUCCAGCAGCACGGUGUACAAAGAAGGCAAAGAAUGUUAG